AACCUUUCGUUUAUUGUAUCAGGAUAACUGUCGGAGCAUCCACCGCGACGGAACGUCCGAUGUCAAGCGAUUCUGCGACGAUUUGAACGCUAGCUAUGGUCUCGUUCUGCCGUUCACCCGCCGAAAGUACACUCCGCGCGCGCGCAUCGAGCGAACGAGCAUCGGAAAUGCCGAAUUAUGCGAUCGUUCGGUCGCGUUAAUUGUCCCGCACGAGUGAAAUUUAACGCGAUAUCUUUCAAGCACGCGUAGCUAGUGGCGUUUGUCGUCAGCGUCAUUUCUACGUUAUGUUAGUACCGACAUACAUAGAUGGAACGCGUUCGGUCCUGUUUCGACGAGACGAACGCCGCGGGAUUCAGCGCUCAUAUCACACGCUCAUUUGCUUCGGUGAAUUUCUGACUAUUUUCAUCGCAUUAAUGCGCAAUACCGGUUGCGAAAUAUCGGUUGUGUCGACGAAACUUUCUAUGAAAGACUGUUGGCACUGCAUGAAGUUUCGUGACUAUUAUGAUCGUUAACACGAAUGCUGCCAACUACUCAGGUGGGAUAAAAGAUCACGACGACAUCAAUAUGCCAAAAUAACGAAAAAAUGACUCGAGAAUUCAUUUUUUGCGCAUUUCACACAUUUUUCGUCAUUCUAACGUCAUCGUGAUUGUUCUGCUUGAGUAUGGGUGAGGUGUACACAGAGAAAAUUUUAUAGCAAAUAUUGCUAUAGUGCUUUAUAACAGAAGAAUAGAUUGACAUUCUGCAGUAACUUAUUAUCUCCUUUCAUUUUUACACUAUGCUGCUUAUACUUAUAACUAAAAUAUGCUGUAUUAAAAAAAUUUGUUGUUUCUAGUUAAAUUUACUAUGUUUCUUAGCAAAAUAAAUCUUAUUACCUAAUAAACUAACCGUCUAUUCUUGCACCACCAGAAAUACAGUAAAAUUAAAAAGAAUAUAUAUAAAAAACUAUAAUAUUCUCUCUAUGUACAGAUUAUUGUCCUAUAUCUAAUGCUACAAACAGUAGCACUUCUACGUCUUUCACAUUGAGGCUUAAAGAAGGACUUAUUUCAGAAUUACCCACACAGCACGUAAUAUUAUAUAAUAUCACAGCAAUAUUUCAAUAAUAUUUCUACGAUAUUACAAUAUUACGGAAAUAUUACUGUGAUAUUAUAUAAUAUUACGUGCUGUGUGGGUAUUUAAUGUUGUGGUUUCUCAUUAUUAGUAUCUCAUGUUUGGUAUCUCAUUAUUCUCUAUCUGCAUGUGAUGUCUUUAUUUUUAUUUCAAUAAGCAAUUAGUUAUAUAACUCACUCGACUGCAGACUGAGUGCGAUAAGCAUUCUUAAAUAAUACUCGAUAAGCAUAAUUAAAUAAUGUGAGUAAAUAAUAGGAUUAAUGGAUAAAUGCCAAACACACUCUUUUUUCAUACGAUUUAUUUAUUAUUUAUUAUAUCUAUUAUAUAUAUAUGUAUAAUAUCUAUUAUAUAUUAUUUAUAUGAUAUGUAUCGGAUACACAAUAACAAUAUAUAGUUCUUUGAACAAAAGUGAAAAUCAGCAUUGUGAAAAAUUUUAGGCAGGGGACUUGCGAAAUAUUUUGAAAGUUUGUUGCGAUCUUUCGAUCACCGAGAUUAUGUGUAUGUGUAUAUGUGUGUAUGCGUCAUUGUUGAGAUGUGAAUGACGAUAAUAGGCAGGUGGUGGGGGUAAUCUUGCCGUUUGUUUUGAUACUCUCGCGCGUCGCGUACUUGUCCGUAUCAUUACGUAUUGAGCCGAGGAACGACGUACAUACCGCGAGGCACGUGUGUCGGUCCAUCCGUUAUCACUCUUGUCGGUUUUUAAGAUAUUUAAUUAGACUCUCCUCGAUGUCACGAUUAUUAUAACACACGUUUCUACGAUCAAAUCGUAUCUACGCGAGUGUCAGUGUCAGUGCUACGAUGGAGUAUCCGGAGCAGGUGGGAGCAGGAUGUUGGAUCGACAAGUCAGAAAGGAGGACGUAGAAUACCAGGAUGUGGACAGGAAUACAUUUCCAAAAACCAACAUGUCCGCUACGGAAGCGUGCGCUGGUGACACAAGCCCGACGCGUCGGCCAAGACAGAACAGAAUUCACAGCAUCGGUCUGCCAGCCAGAACUUCCCUGCUUCCGGAACCACCACCCACCGGAAGCGAUGUACCGCCGCCAAUACCACGUCGACAUUCCGCUACCCCGGCGGUAGCACCACCGCCAAUUCCACUGAGGCCGCCGGCGAUCCCGAAGAGGAGCAAAAAUGAGAAACCUAUACCGCUGCAAUCCACGACCAGACAAGAUAAUCAAGCGACUCGUCGCAAGGCGAGCGACCCCUCGUCUACAUCCCUGUCAAUGAUGAAGUGGAGCAACGUGAACUCGACGAACGAAAAGCUCAUAGACCUGGGUCCUGUCAGAGAUCAAGAUCAGACAUCGCAGGAUUAUUUGUUGAGUUACGGCGGGAAGGACGCGCGGGGAACGAACGAGCAUAACGAUUUUGUCGCUGACUUCGAGCGGGCGAACUUUCAAGAAGGACGCAAGCUCGUCCAAAAGUCGAGCUUCGAGGAGCUGCAAAAGGCCUCCCUGGAUCUCGAGAAGAGACUCCACGAGAGAAUUAUUAAGAGCGCCGAGGCGAAGUUCGAGGAUUCGAGUGGCCGAGUGGAUUCUCGCCAACGGCAGAACGCGACCACCUCGUCGUCGCGACAUAACAGGCAUCAAACAUCGAAGUUAGGAAAGGAGAACGAGUCCAGGAGCUGCGAGCAGAAGGAACCCCCCGAGAACAAGCCCAGGGAGGAGACGGCGUUAUCACAGAAGGAGACAUUUCCCGAGGACGAGUCGAAGUACACGACGACGAUCUUAGCCUCGGGCCGUGAAGCAGAGCGCGGCAGGUCCAAGCUCGAGGAACUGCAGGCGGCAUCGAAGAAUCUGGAGAGACGUCUGCACGAGGACGACGAUUACCGACGGCGUCAGGAUAUCGAGAGACGGAUGAACAAGGACAAGUCAGCCAGAUACGAGGAGCUCGAAAGUACCUCGCAGGAUCUCGAUAGACGUUGCCACGCCGAGCAGAAGGCUUUAGAGCAGCAGCAUCCGAUUGCGCGCAGCAAAUACGAAAGUGACAUGGAAAGGGCUAGGAAUAUUUUGCAGCAUAAUCUGAGAAAGGAGCGGGCCGCCGGCGAGAAGCUCGAGAAACUGCCGAAGGCCACGCAGACGAAUUUGCCGCCGCCGUUGAGCGCCAUUUGCCAGAGUCCUGUGCCAAAGCCCAUCAGCGUCCGGCAGGACAGCAACGUCUCGUCGGAUAGCUUCAGUCAAACCAGCUCGCCCAGCUACACCAGCAAGACGAUGGAAGCCCCCCUGCUGCCACACAAGCACGGCAAGGUGCCAGACAGAGCUUUGGUGUCGGAGCCCGACAACUCGUCCGGCAGGCCGAUAACGAAGUCCACGAGCACGCCGGCCAGUUUGCAGACUAUCGUCCGGAUGCACGCGGGGAACAACAGCUCCUUGCAUCACAAGAUAAUCAGGGACAUGACUAGCAGCCACUACGUGACGACGGGUAGACUGCGUUUCAAAUUCGUGCAAGUUCUGCUGAACGCGGUUGCUCUGUUGGCCAUCGCCGGCGGUUUGGCCGCAUACUUCAAGACGUAUCCCGACCUGAAGCUGGAGAACAGAACCGCUUAUUGGAGUCUGAUACCGAUGUCUGAACGCGUGCAAUUGCUAACGGAGGACAAGAAUCCGGCCCCGGGAGUGUGCCUGCCUAUCAUCGUGAACUUUUGUCAACACCACAAGAUCCCGUACAACUAUACCGUGUUUCCAAAUUACAUGGGCAAUUUCGGACAGCGGGAGGCCCAGCACGAGCUGGAGCUUUACGACGCCGUCGUCGACGUCAGAUGUUACGAACUGGCUGCUCUGUUCCUAUGUAGCGUUUUCGUGCCGAAAUGCGGACCCCAGGGUCAUGUCGUGCGUCCAUGCCGCAGUCUCUGCUCCCAGACCAAGAGACGCUGCGGCUUCUUCCUCGAAGUUUUCGGCCUGUCUCUACCGGAUUAUCUCGAGUGCGAACUUUUCCCGGAGAAUUCGAAUCCCGACGAGUGCAUCGGACAUCGCGAGGUGAUCGAGGCUGCGAAAAGGGCCGAGAAUCCGGUAUGUACCAGCGGCUUUCAGUGCGACGGCACGAGGUGCAUACCGUUCGAUUGGCGAUGCGACGGCCACAUCGAUUGUGCCGAUCACAGCGACGAGACCGAGUGCGAGUGCGGCUCCUCCGGCCAGUCGGCCCCGACGUCGGUGUCGGUGUCCAACACGUUUGGCAAGAUCAUCAAGUCACCCUCGGCGAAAGGCAUCUCCUCUAAGCACUCGUACCACUGCGGCGAAAGAAGAUGCAUGUCGGCUAGUCACAUCUGCAACGGAGUCAUGGACUGUCCUUGGGGCCAGGACGAGCGCUACUGCUUGAAAUUGAGCCAGAAAAACGGAGAUAUCGGAGUGGGUCGCCUGGAGGUUUACCACGCUGAAAAGGGCCAAUUUAUGCCGGCUUGCAUCUCGCACUGGGAGGAAACGUCGGCGCAAACGAUCUGCGCUAUGCUGGGAUAUAUGGUCGCGGUGAACAGCAAGUUACUGAUCACGGAUAGCAAGAUAGCAAAUUUAACGCAGAUCGAGCAUACCAGACCCUUAUACCACGGCAAAAGUCCUACUCUGCUAAGGAAAUUUCAGGAAUGCAUCAGGAAGGAUGAGACCUAUCCUACGGUCGAGCUUACCUGCUCCGAAUACGCUUGCGGCCGCAGACGUUCCGUUUAUGGAAACUUGAGAGUUCAGAAGCGAAUAGUGGGUGGUGUGGAGUCAGCUCCUGGUGAUUGGCCGUUUCUCGCGGCCCUCCUCGGCGGCCCCGAGCAGAUCUUCUAUUGCGCCGGAGUUCUCAUCGCCGAUCAGUGGGUCCUCACCGCGUCCCAUUGCGUUGGAAAUUUCAGUCAUUCGGACGUGUCCGGCUGGACGAUACAGUUGGGCAUUACCAGAAGACACUCUCACACCUAUCUCGGUCAGAAGCUGAAGGUGAAGCGAGUGGUGCCUCACCCGAAUUACAACAUGGGUGUUGCUCACGACAACGACGUCGCAUUGUUCCAGCUCGAAAAGCGAGUUCAGUUUCACGAGCAUCUGAGGCCGGUGUGCUUGCCCACUGCUGCCACCAAUCUUGCACCCGGCACUCUCUGUACUGUCAUCGGAUGGGGCAAGAAAAACGACACCGACUCUUCUGAAUAUGAACCAGCUGUGAACGAGGUCCAAGUUCCCGUUCUGAAUCGACAGGUGUGCAAUGUGUGGUUGGCGCAUAAAGAGCUCAACGUCACUGACGGAAUGAUCUGCGCCGGCUACGCAGACGGAGGGAAGGACGCUUGUCAGGGUGACUCCGGAGGGCCUCUGUUGUGCCAGGACAAGCACGACAAGGAGAGAUGGUUCGUCGGCGGGAUUGUCAGCUGGGGCAUCAAAUGCGCCCAUCCAAAACUGCCCGGUGUUUACGCUUAUGUGCCCAAGUACGUGCCGUGGAUUCAGAAGGAAAUGUCUAAGUAUUCCGAGAUCGACAGGGACAACUGGAAAGCGUAAUCGACGGACUUGGUCCAACAUUCGAAUAACAAAGUAAGCGACACUGAGAUCAUUAAGAAAGAAGAAACAAACGUCGCAAUCAAUAGAAAGAAGUUGGUCGAACGAGAUAGGAUGAGAGAGGAAAUUAAGAACAAAGAAUGAUAGAACAGUUGCGAAUGUUUGCACGUUAGAACAUUCCUUUGAGUGAUACUAAACAUGACCGACUUAACUAAGGAAAGUUCGCCAUAGCCAACUGUAACAAGAGAAGUAUUUUUCUCCUAUCAGACAGUAUUACGCAGUUUGAAUACUCCACUGUCACAGCACACCCGAAACGCACCGAUAUUUAUUACCGUGAUCUUUCGAUCGACAGCUAGUCCAACUGACACGACGUCACGCCGCUCUAUACGAUUUUUCGUAGGGGUACACUUUACGUAAAUCGCUCGAACUCGAAGAGAAAAAAAAAGCGAGAUACAACUGGAAACAUACAUAGAAUAUACUAUUUCGUAAGCGGAGCCACACAGACGGACGUUUGCCGAGGAUGUUUGCGUACACAAGUUCAAAUAACAAGCCAUUUUCUAGGGUGUUAUUAAGCACAAAAAAGAGCGGAUCAAAAUGCCGAUGUACUUUUGGUACUGAAACACUGAAAUACACUGAGGGAUUUGUGCACAAAACGAAAAUCACGCAUAUGAUGCGACAAAAAACAUUUUGUAUCGCCGACGACUUUAGAAAAGCCGUGUAUGAACCACCAAGUGGUCGAAAUCCUCGAUCUGUUUGGGUGUGCGUUUAACAGUACUCAGCCGUUAUGAGUCGUUCGAGCGGGAUAGUGCGGGCCACGACGAUAAGUCGCGCAUCAUUUCGGCGUUAUUUCGUUCAUUAAUUACGAGUGACAGGUAAUUUAACACACGGAAAACAAAGUUUGAUUGUACUGAGGCGAAGUUCGGUUUUAACGAACCAACACGUUUCGGUCGAAGGACACAGAAUUUCUGCGGUUCUUAUGGCCCGGUUCUAAGAAUCGGAAAUUCCGCUUUCAAAACGCGUCGGUUCGUUCAUUACGACUCGACUUCAUGUCAGAAUAUCCAAACUUUUCUCUCCGUGCACUUCUUUCUUUUUUACAGAAGAAAGUUCUCCGCGGAAAAAAGCGCUAUGAAAGCAGCUCUACACGUUCGACUAGUCACUCUGCAAGGUUCUCUCUCUCUCACUUCGUUUCUUCAAACUCGAACAAUUUGAUUUUCUUACCGCUAUUCCGCUCGACGACUUGUACGUUUAUAUGGCAAUCAUAGAAAAACUGUGAUUCACAGACAAUCCUCGGCGAACGAGGAUUUUAAAUAUUCUGACGAAAUAGUCUUCUCGUUGGUGCAUUUUAAAUUUACAUUGAAGUUUUCCGUUUCUUCUGCUUUUAAAGCUGCGAUUUAUGGCAGUAGAAUUGCGUUAAAAAUUGCAUCCUUCGUGUAUCGGGUAUUAUUUCCGCAAAUCGUUACAUACAGAUGAAUAUUACGUUCAUCUCCCAUAGUUAGGCAAAAACAUUCCCACAGUUCGAGAAUAAGAUUCUGGCCUCAGUUGUUCACUCAUUCACAGUAGCGAACAGAGAAACUGGAUGCUUUCCGGAGAUAUGUGAUACAAUCAAUUACGAGAAAAUACCUUAAUAUCACUAGAACUACUAAAGUGAAAAAAAAAACUGUACAUGUAACUGGAAGGAUGCACAGCAUAUAUAUAUAUAUAUAUAUAUAUAUAUAUAUAUAUAUAUAUAUAUAUAUAUAUAUAUACAUAUAUAUAUACAUAAACUAUAAACUGUAUUUUUGUAAAGGAACGUGUUAAGCGCACACCCGCUAUAUAGGUAAGAUAUAUCGUACACGUAUACCGCAUGAAAUGCAUCAGUGUACCGUCGCGCGAAUAUUUUAAGUAACGAGCAUACGACGAUGUCGCGCACGACGAAAAAGAAAAGAGAGAGAGCAGGCAACAAUGUCUAUGUGCUUAUCGGUGUAAAUGCAUUGCAACAUGUGUAUAUCCAGUUAUCUGUACAAUAGUCGUGUGGUCGGCCGUUAAGAGCGCGUGCUAGGCACGCUAAAAUUCUAGUGUUACGUGUACGAAUACAAAUACACACGAGACGGGGAUGUGUUGCACACCGCGCCUUCCAUGUGGAUGUGAUAAGCGCUGAACCCCACGUAACUGCAUCACCGUUACGAAAGUCCGUAUUCAAAGCGUUUUAAGUAUUCGAGAUAGAGCUUGUGUCACGGUUCGCGAGGUAAACUCGAGUAAGAGGGAGAGAAAAAUGAAGAGAACUGCCACGGCGAGUAGCGGCGAACAUUUUACGCGGUUUCGUCUGCCACGUAGGAGGGUAGUGCGGUAUGCAAGGAUUCUCCGGCUCUAGGCUGAGCGAACGAAAGAACAAAAGAAGAAAGAAAUAACAAUUUAGGUUUGCCUCAUCGGUGAAUAUCCAAUUUUCCAUCGGUUUCUCUCCUUGGCGCGCCAAGUGCGAUCGCACGCGUUUCUUACGUGAGUUUUUGUGACGUUUGAUCUCAAAUUAACGAUUGCUAAAUUAACUUCGAGCUCGAUCCUGAUUAGGAGUCUGACAAUUCGCACACUCGACAACGUUGCUCAGCCUGUUUGUAUCCCAAUUGAAUUACUCAAUACAUAUGUGCGCUAAGCAUAAGUAAGUUGUACGUAAGCUGUUACAUGUAUAUAGUGAUAUUACAACGUAGAAACGGUAUAAGCGUAUAUAGAUGCUUGUAGUUUAGUGUCCAUAGCGCCGUAUCGUUACUAUUAUCAGCAUAGACGGUAAGGAACACGUUGACUGAAUUCUAGGGACAAUACUCUGCACCAGCACUUUUUUGAUCCGCACUCUAUUAGGAGAAUCGUUUUUCAGUGAGUAUACUUUAUAUGAGAUAUAUCGUUUACGGAAUCUAGGAGCCUUACUAAUUGGCUUAGACUUUUUCUAAGCAGUAAGACGAAUAGCAGUAUUGUUGGCCAGGAUGACAAUUUAGUAUUCGGUUUGAGUUGAUUCGCAACAGUCAUUUGUUGCCAAUAUACUUUUGAGAACGCGAACCUUUCCCGUCAGCUUGUCGAGUCGAAUGCCGAAAGUUUUCUUCCGUCGUUUAAGAACGAAGAAGCAGUAAGGCAAAGCUACCAAUUUCCAGAUACGUAUUUAAUCCUGCACGGAAAAAAAUAAUUUGCUAGUCCAGCAAAUUUUCUACUGGUCUAGCAAGAUUUUCUCGUUAUUAUAUGAACAGCAAAAAGAUUUGUUAAGAGUACUAGGCAUUUACUCGAUAUAAUUUGCUGAAUAA